AUGUUCUGGGGUGGGGUCCUGACCGUCUCCAUAGAUCUCCACCCCACUCCCCUGCGAACCCCCUCGCUCAUGAGAAAUCUCGCCAAUAUCCUCCCCGACUAUGCGCCCUGGACUCACCACAUCAAAAUCUCUAUUCUUCCUCCUCCUUUCCACAAAGAUCCGGACUCAUGGCCCACAAAACCUUCUCAUUCUCACAUCUCCGACUUCAAAACUAUCGUCAAUAUUUUGAAUAAAUUUGACAGAGUAAAAGAACUUCACAUGACUAUUUUACUUAAACCCCAGCAAUCGAAAUGCGAAGAUUUGUGUUUUCUGGGUGGAUUGUUUGGAUUGGAGAGAAUUAAAUGGAGUUUGGCGUUUGCGGUUCAGGGACAUGGGAAGUGGGAGGUUGAUGAUGGGUGUUGUUUUAUGAGGGAGCUGUUGGACGUUUAUUCGAGGCGGUUUUCGGGGUCAGGAGGGUUGGAGAUGAUUGUUGAGUGA